AUGUUAAAAAGAGGACUAAAAGCAGUCUUUUUCACACAUUUACCACUCUAUCGAGCACCCAUUUCUAUUUAUUCUUUCUCUUCAAAAAGAUAUCAAAGAGCGAUGAGUACAUCCGUUGGCCAAGUUACCGCCAGUCUACAGAAACUGAACCUGGAAGUCCCACCCGCUGUGGAGGGCUCAUAUCCUGACGGAAACAUUGUUGAUCUUGGCCGUAAUUACAUCACCAAGCACUUAGCGGAGCUCACCGGUGUUGAUGCCAAAAUUGUGUUUCCAGCGUUGGAAUGGUCUACUACGCUUGACAAGGGUGAUUUGUUGGUCGCCCUUCCAAGACUGAGACUCAAAGGAGAUUUGAAUGCCCUUGCCGAGAAGAUCGCUAGUGAUUUUCCUUUGGGGGGCUAUCUCUCCAAGGUGGUUCCUCAGGGGAAAUUCUUACAGUUUUGGUUUGAUGACCAGAUGCUGCUGUCGCUCGUGACCAAGGAGAUUCUUGACAAGGGGGCCCAAUAUGGUUCUGCACCUAUUGGAGUUGGAAAGAAAAUUAUCGUUGAGUUCUCGUCGCCAAACAUUGCCAAGCCAUUCCACGCUGGUCACUUGCGUUCCACAAUUAUCGGUGGUUUCCUCUCCAACUUGUACGAGAAGCUGGGAUGGGAUGUGGUCAGAUUGAACUAUCUCGGUGACUGGGGAAAACAGUUCGGUGUUUUGGCAGUUGGAUUUGCCAAGUAUGGUUCCGAGGAGAAGCUUGCUGAUGAUCCUAUUGACCAUCUGUUCCAGGUAUACGUCGCUAUCAACAACGACAUCAAGGCCGAGAAGGAGGCUGGUGUUGCCGAGGCCGAUUCUAUUGAUGAACAGGCCAGAGCCUUUUUCAAGAAAUUGUCUGACGGAGACCAAGAUGCAUACAAAUUGUGGGCCAAAUUUAGAGAUCUUUCGAUUGAGCGUUACAUUGAUACCUAUGCUCGUUUGAACAUCAAGUUUGACAGCUAUUCCGGUGAGUCCCAGGUCCCUCAAGAGCUUAUGGAGGGUGCAACCAAAACUCUCAGAGAGAAGGGCUUGAUUACUGAAGACCGUGGUGCUUUGCUGGUUGACUUGGCUCCUUUCGACAAGAAACUGGGCAAGGUGUUGGUUCAGAAGACCGACGGAACUUCCCUGUAUCUUACGCGUGAUAUCGGAGCUGCCACCGACCGUAAGGCCAAAUAUAACUUUGACAAGAUGAUCUACGUGAUUGCGUCUCAGCAAGACCUGCAUGUGAAGCAGUUCUUCAAGAUCCUUGAUCUGAUGGGAUACGAAUGGGCAAACCCCAAGAAGGAGCAGCUUUUGCACGUGAACUUCGGUAUGGUGCUUGGAAUGUCUACGAGAGCCGGAACCGUUGUUUUCCUCAACGAUAUCCUCAACACCACCAAGGAGAAAAUGCUGGAGAUCAUGAAGAGAAACGAGGACAAGUAUGCCCAGGUGGAGGAUGCCGAGAACGUGGCCGAUCUCAUCGGUAUUGCUGCCGUUAUGAUUCAGGACAUGAGUGCCAAGCGUGUGUAUAACUACGAAUUCAGCUGGGACAGAAUGCUGUCGUUUGAAGGUGAUACUGGUCCAUACUUGCAGUAUGCCCAUUCUCGUCUCAAGUCUAUUGAGAGACUGGCUGGUAUUCCAGAAGAGGAGUACCUCAAUGCGAAGAUGGACUUGGCUGUUAUCCUUGGAAACGAGCCCAAGGAGUCGGACUUCCCAGCCGAAGAGUACGCCAAAGAACUGGAAGCCUACGAAUACAGAAAGCAAAAGGUGUCUUACCUGGUCAAGGUGUUGUCGCAAUAUCCAGACAGUCUUAGAUUUGCCUCUAAGAAUAGCGAGCCAUCCACUGUGGUGACCUACCUGUUCAAACUGGCCCACCAGUUCUCGUCCACCUACAAAGUGUUGAGAGUUGUUGGAGAGGAGCAUGACGUGAUGUUGGCCCGUCUCACGCUGUUCGCCUGUGUUCGUCAAACCCUCAGCAACGGUCUAUUGUUGUUGGGAAUUACUCCUGUUGAUAGAAUGUGA